ACCACAUUUGGCCAUGUCCGAAGCUGAUCUGCUGGAUAUUACAAAUUCUGUUUAAUUUACCUGUCGAUGCCGUUAUGUAUGUAUGGUUGUUUUACUCGCAGCCACGACGUUAGCUAGGUAGCUAUCCUAGCUCCUUAUAUUAAUUUAUCAUAGCUAACUGCAGCUAGUUUGAGUGAUGACAAGUCAUUUCAAUAGUAGCUACCAGCGGUGGCUAUGUAUGGCUGUAUUAACGUUUGUUCGCCCCACUGUUCAAUAUUGCUCAAGCAACGAUGCUUGAUUAGCUUGGUAGCUGAUGGGUAGCUAGCUGUAACCAGGUUGUUUUCUGCAGUUGUCACGGGAUCCGUCCUUCAAAUAACGCUGUACACUACGUGUGUGAAAGUUCACUAUUUUAGGUGUGGCUUGUUGUAUGCACGUUGGAAUCUACUGCAGCAGCUCACCCGUAGUUGCUUAUUACCCUCCGAAUUUCGAACCGAACCGAACUGAAUUAUCGAGCUUGACUUAGCUUCGUGCAUAUUCAGUGGUUUAGCGGUCGGCUCCUGCCACAAGUCGGUCAUCUGAUGCAGUAGCAUGGGGAGUAGCUGUAGUCUCGAGAUUGCGUAAUUUGCGCCAGCUUUUGUUAAACCUGCAUCAAUUACACAACAACCUAUAGCUUGUAUGACUAAUUCCCAGAUUGAAAGAUCUGGUGCAAUGAAGAUUAGUAGCUUAAUAUUUUUUUAAUCAGAUAGUUGAAUUCUUAGUCAGACAAGGAAUCUGUUUUCAGGAAAGUGGUUGAAUAACUAGUCAUGAUUAAUCAGAUUCUUUCGAAAUAUAAAAUUACGUAAUCUGUCACGAGGCUUCUCGGCUAAUGUCGAAAUGUCAAGCGAAAAUGACUGGCACACCGUCUCCUCUCUGACCCGAAUGAUCGGCAAAUAAAACAAAAAUCACACUUCACAGCCCAAAUAAAAAGGGCGCUGUGGUUCUCUGUGCCAGGAUGGAGUUUGCGGAGCUGAUAAAGACGCCGCGCGUGGACGGCGUGGUGCUGCACCGGCCCUUCCUGCCCACCGUGGAGGGUACGCUGUGCCUGACGGGACACCACCUCAUCCUGUCCUCCCGCCAGGACAACACCGAGGAACUCUGGCUCCUCCACUCCAACAUCGACUCCAUCGAGAAGAGGUUUGUGGGUUCCCUGGGCACCAUCAUCGUUAAGUGUAAAGACCUGAGAGUGAUCCAGCUGGACAUCCCUGGUAUGGAGGAGAGCAUGAACAUUGGGAGCUCUAUCGAGGCAUUAUCCACACUGGAGUCUGUGUCCCUGAUGUACCCCUUCUUCUACCGGCCCAUGUUUGAGGUCAUCGAGGACGGGUGGAACUCCUUCCUGCCCGAGGAGGCCUUCAAAGACAUUGAGUCUGCGACGGACGAGUGGCGACUGAGCGGCGUGAACAAAGAUUUCGCGGUGUGCCCCUCGUACCCCGCCCUGCUGGUGGUGCCCAGGGACAUGGACGACGACACUCUCCGCAAGGCGGCCACGUUCCGGCACGGCGGCCGCUUUCCCGUCCUCAGCUACUACCACAAGAAAAACGGCAUGGUGAUGAUGCGAGCAGGGCAGCCGCUGACCGGCACGAACGGGCGACGGUGUAAGGAGGACGAGAAGCUGAUCAACGCCACGCUGCGAGCAGGGAAGCGCGGUUACAUCAUCGACACGCGCACCAUCAACCAGGCUCAGCAGGCCAAGGCCCGCGGCGGUGGCUUCGAGCAGGAGGCCAACUACCCCCAGUGGAGGAGGAUCCACAAGGCCAUCGAGAGGUGGAAUAUUCUGCAGGAGAGCCUGAUCAAGCUGGUGGAGGCCUGUAAUGACCAGUCUCCCAGUAUGGACCGCUGGCUCAGCAAGCUGGAGGCCUCCAAUUGGCUGACGCACGUGAAGGAGAUCCUCACCACCGCCUGCCUGGCCGCGCAGUGCAUCGACAGGGAGGGUGCGUCCGUGCUGGUCCACGGUACCGAGGGGACCGACUCCACCCUGCAGGUCACCUCUCUGGCCCAGAUCAUCCUGGACCCGGCUUCCAGAACCAUCCGCGGGUUUCAGUCCCUGGUGGAGCGCGAGUGGCUGCAGGCGGGCCACCCGUUCCAGCAGCGCUGCGCGCAGUCGGCGUACUCCAUGGGGAAGCCGCGCUGGGAGGCCCCGGUCUUCCUGCUCUUUCUGGACUGCGUCUGGCAGAUCCUGCGCCAGUUCCCCUGCUCCUUCCAGUUCAACGAGCACUUCCUGGUGCAGCUCUUCCAGCACGCCUACGCUUCGCAGUUCGGCACCUUCAUGGGGAACAACGCCGCCGAGCGGGUUAAGCUGAAGCUCUCUCAGAAGACGGUGUCUCUCUGGUCGUGGGUGAAUCGGCCUCAGCAGAUGGACCGCUUCCUGAACCCGCUCUACGAGCCCAACAGCCUGGUCAUCUGGCCCUCCGUCGCCCCUCAGAGUCUGCUCCUCUGGGAGGGUGUGUUCCUACGUUGGAACCGCUCCUCUAAGUGCCUGGACGAGGCCAGUGAGGAGAUGGUGCACAUCAUCGAGUACAACAAGGACCUGCAGGCCAAGGUCAAUGCCCUGCGCAGGCAGCUGGCUCAGCUGGAGACCCAGGACAGCCCACUGGACACGCCCUAGAGUGGGCGGGGUAACGAUGACUACGCCCACUUAUAGCCCUUACACCACCCCCCUCCUACCAGCCCUGCUCCCCAGCCAAGUAUGCCAACUCCCAAAAAGCUGCUCACUAAACCAAUCUGCUGCAUGCAUAAGCUCACACACAUACACACACACGC